GAGUUCAGUCUACUCGUGCUUCCCAACGGCGCAUUACCUCCUCUACACUGAGCAGAAACACUCACACACUCUCACAAGAUGUCUCUGGAACGUCAAGUCCGCGCCAAGCUCGCUGCCAAGCGUAGCCCUGAGCAGGAGAAAGAGGCUCAGGAGUGGAUUGAAGGUGUCCUUGGCGCCAAAUUCCCUCCUGGUGAAGCGUUCGAGGAUGUCCUUAAGGACGGCACCGUCCUCUGCCAGCUCAUCAACAAGCUCAAGCCUGGCUCCGUCUCCAAGAUCAACUCCUCUGGUGGACAGUUCAAGAUGAUGGAGAACAUCACCAACUUCCAGGCAGCCAUAAAGGCAUACGGUGUCCCUGACAUCGAUGUGUUCCAAACAGUCGAUCUGUGGGAGAAGAAAGAUAUCGCGCAAGUCGUCAGCACACUGUUUGCUCUCGGCCGUGAGACCUACAGGCACCCUGAAUGGAACGGACCUUACCUUGGCCCCAAGCCCGCUGAGGAGUGCAAGCGUGACUUCUCUGAGGAAGUACUUAAAGCCGGCCAAACCGUGAUUGGUCUUCAAGCCGGUUCCAACAAGGGCGCUACCCAGGCUGGACAGAACCUCGGCGCUGGCCGCAAGAUCCUGCUCGGCAAGUGAGCGUACCACCUGAGAAAAGUGAUAUUAAUAUAUAAGUAUUUUUUGUACAAAACUGAGUGGAUAUGGAUAUGGACGCUAAAGAGACUGUAAGCCUUUGAGAAUAUCUAGUCAAGUAUGAUAGCUUAAGAUUUACUUGUCUCUUAUAACGUGGAGUAUUACAUACCCACAAUUACUCGUAGAUAUUGUAUACCUACAUUUGACUAUAUUGUUCCAUGUAGCGCCAAGAUGAUUUUGUACAUACGUAUUUAGGAUUAAGUACCUACAUAUAUUUAUUUAUUUCCAUUUUAUAUAAUAAAAUAUUCUUAUAAAAU